AGGAGGACUUCUGUCUAAGGAGGACUUCUGUCUAAAGGGGACUUCUGUCUAAGGAGGACUUCUGUCUAAAGGGGACUUCUGUCUAAGGAGGACUUCUGUCAGCACAGUGGACCUCGUCCUGAGUGGAGCCUCCAGUAAACCGGGGACGUCCUCCUGUGACUGCUGGCAGCUGCACAGACAUUCAAGCAGAGCCCAAUAAUAAAGAGUCGGUUCAGCUUCAGGCCGGUUUCAGUCUUUGUUGGUCUGAGUUCAGGUUCUGGACCUGCUGAUGAUGAAGAUGUGGCACUCUUUAAUUCAGAGUCCUGUUUGUCUCUUCAUGUUUCAGGAGGGGGUCAACAUGUUGAGUGUGGGGGGGGCGGUGAGGUCAGGCGUCCUGCAGCUUCCUGUACGAGGAGUCUCGUACAGGACAUCACCGCCACCUGGUCUCACCUGUUCUGCACCUUCAUCAGCCAGACUCCCUGCAGUCUGCUGUCGCAAUUUACACGUAAGGACCCUGUCAGGAGUCGGGACCCUGUCAGGAGUCGGGACCCUGUCAGGAGUCGGGACCCUGUCAGGAGUCGGGACCCUGUCAGGAGUCGGGAGGCCAUCAGGAGUCGGGUCGCCAUCAGGAGUCGGGACCCUGUCAGGAGUCGGGACCCUGUCAGGAGUCGGGUCACUUUUAGGAGUCGGGACCCUGUCAGGAUUCAGGACGCCAUCCGGAGUCCGGAGGCUCUCAGGUCGGGCAGAUGCAGCCGGCUGGUACAGCAGCCUCUCGGACUCGGCUCCGGUUCACCUGUGUGAAACCUUCCUGGUGAGCGUGCAGCAGGUGAGCGGGCUGCCGUGGUGGCUGAGCAUCAUUGUUGCUACGCUGUCGGUCAGGACGCUCGUUACUCUGCCGCUCGCCACCUACCAGAUGGUCAUUAUGGCCAAGGUGGAGGCACUGCAGGCAGAGAUCUCGGAGCUGGCGAAGAGACUUCGAUACGAAGUUUCACUCCGAGCGAAAGAGAGAAGCUGGACGGAGAAACAGAGCCGGUUCCAUUUCAAGAAGAAUCUGCGUCAAAUUGUUUCUCAGCUCUACAUCAGAGACAACUGUCACCCCUUCAAAGCUAGUCUGCUGGUCUGGGUUCAGCUGCCCCUGUGGAUCAGCUUUUCUCUGGCCCUCCGAAACCUGAGUCUGGAUCAGUCUGAGCUGCAGUCUGAUCUGGCAGCGGGAGGCGCCCUUUGGUUCCCUGACCUGACCUUACCUGACCUGACCUGGAUCCUACCGAUCUGUCUGGGACUCACCAACCUGCUCAUCGUAGAGGUGUUUUCUCUUCAGAGAGUAAACCCGUCUCGUUUUCAGAGGAUUGUGACGAACUCCAUCAGAGCGUUCUCGGUGCUGAUGAUCCCCAUCGCUGCUUCAGUUCCUUCAUCCUUGGCUCUCUACUGGUUCACCUCCAGUCUGGUGGGAUUCAGUCACAACCUUGUCCUUCGGUCUCCUGCGAUCCACAAAAUCCUGAACCUCCCGACCGUCCGAUCACAAUCUCCAUACAGAGACCUUCUGUCUGCCUUCAUCAGCAAAUACUGCAAAUAAACACUCAGAGUACUGCAAGUACAAGUCAAAUACUUCAGGGAUCAAAUACCGUACAGAGACCUGCUUCAUGUGUUUGUCACUUUUAUUU